UCCUUAAAUAGGAUUUAUUAUUUCUCUAUUAGCCAUGAUAGCCACCUACUGAUUUUAAGGUAGAGAGAGUUCCCUUGAAGUACGAAGUUGUAACAGCUUUUACACAAACAAUGUACAUAUGUAGUUACAUUUCCUGAGACACUGCUUUUGUGGACUAUUUUUCAAACUGUGUUUUUAAGGUGAAUAAUAAAAGGAUACAAAAAUGUUACCGAAGCUAUAUGGAACUGCUUAUUACUGUACGCUACGAAUACUGCUGCUUUAUGCUACAACUAAUGUAUGCAUAUGUGCUUCAAAUGACCCCUACGCUGCUCUUGGAAUUAAUAGCCUAGCGACUACACAAGAAAUAAGGAGAGCAUACAAACAGAUGGCAAAAGAGUGGCAUCCAGACAAAAAUCAGAUUCCUGGAGCCGAAGAAAAGUUUGUUGAGAUAAAAAAGUCCUAUGAACUUUUGAGUGAUUCUAAUCGACGACGAAUCUAUGAUCGACACGGAGUAAUUGAUGAAGACUCUCAUUAUUUGCAACAAAAGCAUGAUUAUAGUGGAUAUGAUCGUUUCGCCUCCGAUCAAGCGGAAGAUAUAUUUGGAAAACAUUUCAUUUUUGAUCAAGACAUUGUUUUAUACCAUAAACUUUCAGUAACAGCAAAUUAUUUCGAGAAAACUAUUUUGCUAAAAAGUUCAAAACAAUUACAUAUUGUUAUGUUCUAUAAUGACUGGUGUUUCCAGUGCACGCGACUAGUUGGAGCAUUUAAAAAGUUAAUUGACGUUCUGGAACCUUUAGGUAUUCAUUUUUCAACUAUAAAUGCUGCACACGAACCGUCAGUUCUACGAAAAACUGGAUCAAACGAAAUUCCAAAAAUGAUUCUUGUUUUGGAUGGUAAAAUUUUUGUAUAUCGGGACUAUUCGUAUACGCCACAAAAAGUUGUCGAAUUCAUACGAAAAAAAUUGCCGUAUAAAAUAGUUCAGCACGUAUAUGAUAACAACAUAGAUGACUUUCUUGGCGGAUGGAUGGACAACAGAGUUCGCGUAUUAAUUUUGGAACCCCGGAGUUUAAUUCGGUUACGAUAUCUGGUAACCGCCUUUGCUUUUUAUGAUCGUGUUGCAUUUGGAUUUGUUGACCUGACUAAAAAGAUCUCGGAGAAUAUCAUCAAUAGAUUUCAAGUAAAUGCAAGCUUGGACACGCUCCUUAUAUUCAAUGAAGAUUCUACAAGGUCUAUAGCUAGGAUUUCCCUGCCAGACAUUUCAACUCAAAUAUUGAUUAAUAUGAUCACUCCAAAUCAAUUUUUAUCUUUACCAAGGUUGUCAUCGCAAGACAUGCUAGAAAGUGUAUGCCCCGCUGAAUGGAACCGACCUAGAAAACGCUUGUGCGUAAUUCUGAUCACUGAAAACACCGAUGAACACAAUGUGGCAAGGGGUGCAAUGAGAGAAAUUGCAUUACACAGUAGAUACAGUGUGGAGAGAGUUCGAUUUGCAUAUAUGUUUAAGGAAAGACAGCCAAAUUUUAUAAAUGCUCUAUCAAAAGGAUCAUUUGCCAAAGACCAUCCACAAAUCGUUAUUAUUUGGCGUCGGGAUAAUACGCGCAUGAAAUACGAAUGGGUAUUUGAUGCAAAACAGGAUGCUACACUGGUUUCUACUAUUCCAACUGAAAGUAUAAUAAAUAAAACAAAAGCUGGACUCACUCACAAAAUACAAAAGCUAUUAAAGGCAUCUGAAGCGUUAAGCUACGAAGCUUUUGUUCAGAAAUUGUUGGACGAGCAUUCUCAAGGAAUUUUUAGUAAAUGGAUAACGCACUUUCUUUAUUUGGUUGAUUAUUUAUCAGAAAAUGUAGAAGACGAGCACCUUUUCGCUGCCUUUUCGCUAUUAGGUACCAUUGGAUUUAUGUUUGGUGUCGGAUAUAUAUUGAUGUACUUCGUUAGGGCUGAAGAGGAACACCUAAAGGCACAGGGACAUCUUGCCGAUGUGACAACUCGAAAACCGAAUCACCUAACCCCGGAACUGAAACUAUAUGAACUAAGAGCAGAAAAGUAUAACGGAAUGGUUCGUUUGCUUAAGCCCGGUUGCCGAACUUUAUUGCUAAUAACAGAUGUUCAAAGUCGGAAAAAGCUUCUACCCCAUUUUCAUAAAGCUGUAUGGCCAUAUCGGAAAACGAAAACUUUAUUAUUUGGGCAUAUGCUUAUUGAAAAGGGAUUGCCUUGGUACACAGAACUUCUUCGUUUAUCAUUGAGUUCUAAUGAAAAAUUGCAAGUAAAUCCAAGAAAUUGUGUUGGAACUGUAAUAGCUUUGAAUGGACACCGUAAAUAUUUUUGCAUGUAUCACGCCAAGCAUCCUGAGUCGGUUCGUGGGACAAAGAGACUGUUAAAAAUGACCAAGCAGCUGCUUAACAUAAAUGAAGAUCCAGAAGUCGGAACCUUUCUAGGAACAAGUUUUUCUGAAGAAUCAGAUGCAGAAAUAAAAGUUCUCCUUGAAAAUAAUUUACUUGACAGCCUUGACAAUUGGCUUGAACGGUUGUUUGAUGGUACAACACAUAAGUAUUAUAUAAAUUAUUGGCCAGAUUUUCCUACUAAAUGAUUAUAAUAUUAAUAUAAUAUUUAAAAAAAAUAAGUAAUUAAUUAAUUUUUAAUUUGGUGUGUACCAGGAGCUUUUGGAACGAACCUCCAGAAAAUAUUUAUUUUUAACUUAUUUCUGAGUUUCCAAUAAACUAAAUAAAUAACUACGCUUUG